AUGAACCCCUUGGACCAUGAAGAAUUCAGGAGGCAAGGCCAUAUGGUUAUAGACUUCCUUGCCGAUUAUUACAAAAAUAUCAACAGUUACCCUGUCCGAAGCCAAGUCAAUCCCGGCUAUCUAGCAGAAAGGUUGCCUGAAUGUGCCCCAUUGCUCCCAGAAUCAAUUGAAAGUAUACUGAAAGAUGUCGAUAAGGAUAUUAUUCCAGGCUUAACACAUUGGCAAAGUCCAAACUUUUUUGCCUACUUUGCAUCCAGCACAAGCACCGCAAGCUUUCUUGGUGAAAUGCUUAUCAAUGGGUUUAAUGUUGUCGGAUUUAAUUGGCUCUCUUCUCCUGCUGCCACAGAGCUAGAGAUCGUGGUCAUGGAGUGGUUGUCAAAACUACUUCAACUUCCCCAGUCCUUCUCAUUCUCAGGCAAUGGUGGGGGUGUUUUGCUUGGCACUACGUGUGAGGCCAUCAUUUGCACCAUGCUUGCUGCAAGAGAGAAGAUGCUUGAUCAAAUAGGAAGGGAAAACACAGAGAAGCUUUGUUGUCUACUGUUCGGACCAAACCCAUGUUUGUCUCGAAAAGGCAGCCAAAAUUGUUGGGAUAAAUCCGGAGAAUGUUCGAAAAGUCUUUACAACCAAGUCCACAAACUAUAA